AUACAGCUGUUCAUAAUGAGGAGUAAACGAUAUAAACUGAACCACGUGGAAAUACCUGAACGAUUAAAGAAGGAUGCGAGGGAGGUCAUUCUAGACUUUAUCCGUUCGAGACCUCCACUUAGGCCUGCGAGUGCUAGGCAGUUGAAACCUCUCAGGAAGGAAAGUACCCCUGGAGAACUACUGAUGCAGGAUAUUCGGAGUUGUAAAGCUAGACAAUCUUUAAGAAGAACCAACAUGCCAAAACCAAUCAGAUCUCAAUUUGAGGAGAAGUCCCGAACACGAUUAGAUGGAAAAUUAGAUAAUCUUUCCCCUGGUGAUAAGGUGAAUAAGAAGGUGAUAGACCUGGACGAAAGUAUGCUCAAGAAUAUGCUGGACUUCGAGACAGAGGAAAACUCGUCCAACACGUCACAGGAAGCUGUAUUCCUGGACGAAAGUGUUGUUACCCCUGACACAACUCCAGUCUCCACAUCAAGGAAAAAGUCGACAGGGCGACGAAACUCCCUAAAUAAGUCGACAGACCGACGAGGGUCUUUAGUUAAGUCGAAUUGGAGAAAGUCUGUUUCUGUGAUGGAAAGUCCAACUAGCCAGAGCACUGACCUAAGUACACCUAUUCUCUCUCCACUCACGAGGAAGAAAGACGACAUUCAUGAAUAUUUAUCCAGUACUGUGCUGGGGAGUAAGGAUUGGGAUUUUGUGAAAAAUCUUCAUUCCUUGGAUCUAACAAUUGAGGAACUAGCACAUAUAAGAGCACAGCUUACAAAAGCAGAGUUGGAAGAGAAAAAUAUGGGAGAGGAGAAAAAACGAGAUUUAGAGAAAGGGCGUCUUUGUUUUGUGUGUGAAGUAGUAAAGUUUGGAGUAUUCAAUUGGGCGAGUUAUUGUAUCAUUUGUAACAAAUAUAUUUGUUCUAAAUGUGUGACUAAAAUCAAACUACCUUCUGACAAUCUACGUGAGAUACCAGUUUCCAUUCUUACAAAUCAAUUGUGUAGUAAUCAACAUCCAGAUGUCGAGGCAGAGUACUCAGUCAUUCGGAGACUCUCAGUUCAAAUAGGUCUUCCCACCAAACCCAUACGCUCCGGCCUCUCCCCAACAACCACGCCCUCCAGACCCAACCCUACCACCCAGCACAGGCCGAGGCUGUUCCGUCAGCAAACCUCGCCGGAUCUUAAAGGUUCUCAACCCGCCUCAACAGCCUCCAGAUCUGGACUCGAGAGAUCUGGAUGGAACAGAAACUCAUUGCGUAAUCCUCCCCAGGUUCCUUCAUCCAUCCAACAAACUGCCCCUUCUAGACCUAAACUAGUCAGAUCUAAAACAAUGACGAAGAAUGAUGUAGAGAAAUUACAAACAUUGAAACUAUCCCAGCCUGGUUCCUUGCACUCCACCUGUACUACCUGUAGAGAUAUACUUACUUGUCUAGUCAGAGCUAAGAUGGAGACAGACAAACUUCAUAAGAUUAAAGGUCGUCUUACUACUUUUCAAGAAGAGAACAUAACACCCUACUAGAAGAACAUACCGUCCUCCUUGGAGUAAAUAACGCCUUCUAGAAGAAGAUCCUAACACCCCUCUGAAUAACAAUAGUGAAUUAUCAGGGCACUAAAAUUUUGAAUGUGGAUCUGGAUCCGUGUUAUUCAAUCUGAAUUAUUUGAGAAACUUCUAAAGCGAAUAAAAAAUGUUGUAAAUUUAUUUUAAAACCUUUUGAAGGUUACAACGAAAAUCUAUGAAAAAAGUAGCCCUUUCUUUACAGAUUAAGUAUUGCAAUGGUAUACAAACUAAAUAUAUUAAAAGAAAAAAUAUGAAAAUAUUCAUUUAUUAAAAUAUUCAUUUAUUAAAAAAAACAUUUUUGAAGUACAUUUAACACGCAUUUUCUUUAAAAAAAGUCUUUUACUGUAUUUAUACCAAACUUAAUUGUACCUCAGUUUAAACAAACUAGAUAUUUACGAAUGCAUUUAAUUUACAUUUUGUAUUAAAAACAAUUUCAUUUAUUGUAGUUUUGCUAUUGUACAGGGUGUUCUAUAUUUUUCUCAAUAAGCUGUUUCUUCAGUACUUAAAAAAUCUGCAAAUAUUCAAUACUAAAAUGCGCAAAUGCAUGUUUUUGUUUAAGUUAUAUACCGUUAUAUACCGCAGUUAAGGUCAUGUGGAUGGUUCAAAAUUAUUAAAUUAGAAGAAAAUGGCUCCCGUUGGCAAAGCGAGUGUAAUAUAGGUUUUAGACAUGUUGGAUCUUUUCUAGAGAGUAAGCUGAAAUGAAAUCUUUUCAAGAGAGUAAGCUGAAAUGAAAUCUUUUCAAGAGAGUAAGCUGAAAUGAAAUCUUUUCAAGAGAGUAAGCUGAAAUGAAAUCUAUGAAUUUUCACAAUUUUGACAUUAAAAUUCAUAUGCAACUUGAUAAUUUUCGUAACUGAUCAAAUUUUCUUAAUAGGACACCCUGAACAAUAGAAGAGGGGAGGAUCAUGUACCGCAGCUUUGAUCAAACUGAUGCUUUUAACAUUGCAUUUAUUAUUUAUCAAAACCAUUCCCAUUUGUGUCAAAAUGUUAUAUUUUUUUAUGAAAUUUUAUAUUUUUGAUAAUAUAUUGUGCAAUAUUAUGUACUCCUAAUAAUUAGGACAAUAAUUGAUAUUUUUAUACUAACUUUACAUUUGUAGCUAUAUUUGCCCUCGACCUGUGAACAUCGUAUUUUUACUGAAACAUCUUUUAAUGCUGAGGUUUUUAUUUAACAUCUACAUUAUUUCCUUCCCAUUUUUUUCAAAUUUAUUAGGAAGAAUUUUUUUUAAAAAAUUUCAAUAAUUUUCUGAUUUUUUAUUUAUUUUGUUAGCAAUAUUAAUUUAGGUUAAAGGCUUUUAGUUCUAAAAUUCAAUCUUUUCUUACAAUCCAUUCCUUCUUUGAAAUACUUUAUUUUCAGUCAACAUUUAGAUCAAUUCAAUAUUUAACUCCUUACAUUUAUGUUAUGCCUGGGUAGGUUGCUACAAACAACAUCAAUUUUGUGAUAUGUAUUUAAAAUAAAUAUGUAUUUUUCACUUUAA